UACACAAUAGACAGAAAAGUGUGCUUAAUUUUCAUAAAACUAGUAAAAUCUACAAAAUUAUGCUUGUUCAUAGAUAUUUCCAUGAAACAAAUUAAAAAAACAAAAGUGAAAAUUAUAAUCCCUAUUUAAUAUCUAACUUUCAUUCCUCGGUUAUUCUUAGCAGUCCUAUAAAUCCAUAAUCCCUAAAUACUGAAUGCUGAUUGGUUGAUUAUUAUUUGUUCAGUGAAAAAAAAAUGAUACAUUGUGGCGUAUAAUUUAAUUUUAUACUUAAGUUAGUUCACUAACCGAAAGCUUUUACUGAUAACAGCAUCAAAAAUGGUUGAAAACAAAAGUUUUCACGAUGAAUGAACAUUUUCAGCUUCAUUAUUUUAAUUAGCUAUCAAAAUGUUACCAGCUUAUUCAUAAAAAUAUCUUGAAUAUGACUGAAAAGUGUCGGACCAUAUAAGUUGCUUCAAUCAAAAUGGAUUCACAAAAAGAAUGCAGUCAACAAAUGAAUUCCAACUGUCUUGUGAAUUCACAUCAGUUCAAUGGAAACUCCGUGAAUUUGAGUCAGCUAUCUCCAAAACUGUUGAAAUCAGGGAAUUGUACAAACAAUAAUGAAACCUACAAGUCAAAUGUGAAUCCAUCAUUAACCUCAAAUAAACUUAUGUUUACUACGUAUUGUUCCACCAAUGCUCAUGUGACAUCUGUAGUUCCGAUUGUUGCUUCCCUUGCUUCUAAUAGUAUUAACAGUACUUCAGGAUUGACAAAUAAUUUAGAAAACACAAAAUCCACUACAAGUUUUCCUGGAAGUUAUCUAAAUUCAUGUGUUAACAAUACUACUAAUGUAAAUAAUAGCAAUCCGCUAACAUAUAUUCUUUUACCACAAAACAGUUAUGUACCAUAUUGUACACUUCAUAGAAACAAUCAUAAUAAUUCGCUGCAGAGAUCAGUGAUGACACCAGAAUCCUCACUAGCGUGUCAACUGUCACCAAAUAUAAAUCAACACUAUACAUUAACUAGUGGUCUUAAUAACAUACCAGCUAGCUCAUCGUCUGGAAGAGAAUCUCGAGUCUCCAAUAACCAUGAUGAGUCAAUCGAUUAUUCUACAACGUCAAAAGAAAAGAAUACACUACCUCCAAUAUAUAGUUCAAAAAAGAAUAGCUGUCGAUCACCAGAAGGAAGUCCAUCGUUGAAAUUGAAGAAUUAUCAGUUUUUUAAUCGAUUUCGGAUGCAUUCAUCAAAAGCUAAUGGAAAGACAAGAUCUGCAAAUAAUUCACCAUUAUUAUCAUCUUCAUUUUCACCAACCAUGUACAGAAAUACUCUAGUUAACAAAAGUAGUCAUUCACGGACAUAUAGUGACUGCAGUCCAGUUGUUCAACCAACGAAUGUAAAACUAAUCGAUACAUAUCUAAUCAAAGGACCCUCUGGAUUCGGAUUAACACUAACUGGAGUAUUAACUUUUAUUCCCAAUGGAAUGUUAGAUGUUCAUAUUGUCUCAGAUCAAUUUAAUACACAAGAUGGUUUCUUUCAACGUCUAUUACAAAUACGCAGUGUAAGUGAUGACGUCAUUACAUGUGAUAAUGACUUAAUCCAAUCACACACAAAACAACCAGUUAUACGACCAGGUGAUAUAUUACUCGCAGCUGGUGGUUAUCGUUUUGCUGGUUGUACACCUGAAUAUGCUGUACAGUUAUUAUCCAGAAUUCCAACUGGGGGUAUAGUUCAAGUCACUUUACUUAGAGGCUUGAGUAUACCUACUUACCAAUGUGCAAAUGAAAUGAAUUAUUAUAGAUAUCAUUCGCAUGGGCCAAGAUCUUCUAGUCUAUGCUCGUCAGUAAGCAGUUCCUCCGAAGUAUCACCAAACAAAACAAAUUCAGAUCACGAAGCUCAGAACAAGUCAAAUUUCGUACAAUCACAUCUAAAAAAUUUUUGCUCAAAUUGUCGUGAUUCCAUUAGAACUAUAACCUUAUUUAAAAAAGAAAAUGAUUAUGGAUUUACCUAUGUCUAUACAAAUUAUGGAUGUUUAGUGAAUCAGGUAAACACGAAUGAAUCGAAUAAUAGCAGUAAUCCUAAAUUACAAACCGGUGAUUUAAUAAUUAAACUUGGUAAUUUCGAUUUGACAAAAGUGACAAAAUCUCAGUUCUUACAAUUAUUUGGCAUUUAUACCAAAGCAAAAUCUAUACAGAUUACAGUUAUUAGGGUUUGUACAAAUUGUUUAAAUAAACUUAAUUAUUACAGUCCAAUUUCAAUUCUAAAAGAAGACGAUCAUAAUGAUCCCAGAACUUCGUUAAAUAAAGGUGAAAAGACAGUAACAAAAUCAACGGAUAGAAGUGAAAUGUUAUCAUUUUUAAGAACUGUAUUAAAUACAAGUAGCCAUUUUAAAAAAUCAUCAAAUCAUAAUCCACAGAUUAAAGAUAAACCAAAUGAAAAACAUACUACCACUACAACUACAACUACUACUAUUAAUAAUAAUAAUACGACCACAACUACUACUCAUAAUAACAGCCACACUACCGUACAACAAUUAAAUCAAACAAUUGCACCAUGGUUACCUGAUCAGUGUAUUAUACCAGGCAUAGGUAUGAGUGGACCAUGUGAGACACCAGAUUAUAUACCUGUCUCUGAAUUACUAAAUAAAUCCAAAGUAAGUAUCUGUCAGAACAAUAAUGCCUAUUACUUGAAUGGUGCACACAAACAUCAGCAAGCACAAAUGCCAAAUGACUUAAUACAACAAUGUGUAAAUUCAGCCAGUGUACAACAGUCAAGUUUACCACUCAAAGAUAAUAAUAAUAAUAGUAAUUCAUCUUGUAAUGGAUUACUUCAGUCAGCCUUAUUGUCAUCGACUGCAUCAGUAACAGCACAGGUGAAUGGUUUGCACAGUCCAAUGGAGAAGAACACUAAUAGUCCUACAGAAAAAGAUGUAAAAAUUCUCUACAUUCCAAAUGAAGGGAAAUUAAAAUUCACUAAAGAAAAUGCUGAACAGAAUUUUCCGAGUAUUAUACCCUUGAGCAUCAAUGCACAAAUACAAAACGAAUCAAAUCAGAAUUUAGUUGUAGGUGAUCUGCUGGUAGCUAUUGAAAAUCAGCCUGUUCUAAAUUGUAAACCAAAUGAAAUUGAAGAGUUAAUUCAAUUAGCAGCGAAGAAAAACAAAGGAUUUGUAACAUUAACUGUUCGUAAAAUUCACUCCACAGAAAAAUGUGAAUCAGCGAAAAUAUCAGAAACAACAGCGGAUAAUUUUAUUAAUUUCAAUAUAAUCAAUGUGAAAUUAACUAAAAACAAGGAUGAAGGUUUCGGCUUUGUGAUAGUUACGUCGUUGAAUAAUGAAAAAACAAGCGAAAUAGGACGUAUAAUCCCAGGGAGUCCAGCUGAGAAGUGUGGACAGUUAGAAGUUGGACAACGUAUUCUAGCUAUAAAUGGAUACUGGUUGACAGGAAUAAAUCAUAUAGACAUUGUGAAUCUUAUCCGACAAAGUCAACAGGAAUUACUACUGACCGUAGAGAAAUCUGGUGCCUUAUUCAGUGAAAGAAGCAAUAAUCUUGCUGGUCGCUUGGAUACAAAUCAAAAUACUCUUUCUCUGCCUACUUCUACGAAUUCAGUAGUAUGUCCUCAUUCUGUAAGUUUUUUAAAAUCUGAUGAAGUAAGUCAUUUUACCAACAUUUCAUAAAAUGACUAGGUGAACUUUCACUGUCAGAAGACAUUUUUUUAUAAUGGACUUUUUUUAUAAUGAGCUCCAGUAGAUCAAAUAGUUUAAAUAUUAUGAAAUUUCUUACUUAUCGAGGUUUUCUUGAAGCAUUAGAAAAUUUAAUAUGGUAUCAUAUAGUGAAACUUUUCUUAUGAUUACUGUAUAUCUUCAAUAAUCGGUUAGCUGAAAAUGAUGCAGACGGAUUUCUCUGUGGAAUAACACUAUGCACUAUUUUUGACAUUCACUAUAAAUGAGGAGACAAAUUAUUAUUGUUAUUAGUAUUUCUCCUGGGGUUCCGAGUGGAACGUAAAGCCUCAACAGUACAUCUUCAUUGCAUCCUCUUCUUUGCAGUCGUUCACAGCUAGCUCCAGGACUGCCUAUUUCCACCUCACACGAUCUCCCCCACAUCACUCUUAAAUGAAAAACUCGUCAUCUCUAGUUGAGGCUUCACUCGAGUUCUUGUGCACGAUGUCAAUCGGUAGGGCGCGUCCGAUCCAUCUCCAUUUCCUACUACAUAUUUGUUGGGUAAUAUGGUUCUUGGUUGGCUUGUUCCCAGAGAUUUGUGUUACUUAUACCAUCUAGUUGGCAAUUUUAUCUUUAGUAUGGAGCGACGGCAGCUGUUGAUAAAAUUCUGAAGCAUUUUGGAAAUAUUUUUCUUAAAGUGCCAAGUCUUGGAACUACAAAAAAACACUGACUGACAUGACAUAAGUGUUAAAAAUUCGAAUCUUGUUUAUUAUAUUUAGUGCAGCAGAUUCCCACACUAAUUUCAGGUUAGUCAUGGUCAGUCUUUCAUUUCCGCUCCUGGCUUUGACAUCCGUGCCACCUGUAGUUGAAAAGAUGUUGCCUUGAUAAGUGAAAGUGGUGAACUCCUUUAGAUUUCACUCAUCGAUAGUGAAGACAAAGACUUUUACAGACUGUUAUUGGUUCAAACAAGUAAUACAACAGUGUCUUCUUGAGUGAAAUACUAGCUAAUUUACUCGAGGCAUCUUUAAAUUGGCUGCUAGUCUAAAUAUUAUAUUUACGAAUGCUUGCCAGAAUAACACUGACUGCGAUAGUUUAAUGAUACCAUGUAUAAUUCAGAAAUUGAAUAAUUCUCGUGUGAUCUCACGGAAUACACAAGUUCGCUUAUUAUUGUAGAUACCCUUGACAGAGCUUCUUAUCUCUCUCCUUCAGCCUGAUUUAGGGUCAUUACUACGGCAAACAGAUUAAAUCAUAUUUUCGUAAAAGUCAAAAUAUGUUUUCAUAGCAUUUAACUGUUUAUUUGCUCGUCUUUUUUCAAUAGUUACCGGUUGAAAAAGUUACUGAAAAGUGCAAUUCAAAUGACAUAUCCACUCAAGGCUUAUAUUCAAUUACACUGAAACGUGGUCCAAAUGGAUUCGGCUUCUCCGUUCGCAGUGGAUAUAGUUCUAAUAAUUCUCCAUUAAUUGUUUAUAGGAUUAUAGAAAAUGGACCAGCUUAUGAACAAGGUCAAAUGCAAACUGGUGAUGAAAUUCUAGAAAUUAAUGGAAUUAGUACACUUUCAAUGACUCAUCAACAAGCUGUUGAAAUGAUUAAAUCAAGUGGAUCAACUAUACGCAUUCUACUACAACAUUUUAAUGAUGAUAAUCAAUGUGAGAAUUCUUUUUAAAGAAAAAAAAUACAAAAACAAGAACACAAGAAAAAGAAGAAUAUGGAAGUACAACAAAUAAAAUGAUUGAAAACAAAUAAAUAAAAAUGGAGACUAUUACUGUCAGAAUUCAAUUUUGUACAGAGAAUUUAUUUAAAGUGUACAGUUAACCAGAUUUUUAAAAAUAAUUUUAGC